AUGCACCCAGUGAUAGCCGUGGAUGCCACUCAUUUAAAAUCCAAGUACAAGGGUGUUAUGUUUGUAGCAAAUGCAUUCGAUGGCAAUCGAAAUAUAUAUCCUCUUACUUUUGGGAUCGGGGAUUUGGAGACGGAUGCAUCAUGGCAUUGGUUUUUCACUAAACUUCAUGAAGACAUUGGUGAGUGUCCCAAUCUUGUUAUCAUUUCUAAUCGCAAUGCUACGAAAUCUUAUUCCAUUGCUGAGCUUGAUUGUCAUUUUCGGAAGAUCAAGAGAAAGGAACAUGUUGCUCAAUAUCUUGAACAGGCAGGGUUACAUAAGUGGUCUAGAGCUCACAUGGAUGGACGCCGCUACAAUGUAAUGAUAACAAAUAUUGCGGAGUCAAUAAACUCAGUCCUUAGGUUAGCGAGGAUGCUGCCAGUGGUUCAUUUGAUAGGGGAAAUUAUUAAUCUCCUUGUGAAAUGGUUCACCGAACGUCGUGAGUUGGCUAUGAAUUGCACAACAACAUUGUGCCGUAAUUUUGGAGUGAAGAAGUUGAGAAAUAGGUUGGAGGGUGCUGCAAGGAUGAAUGUCGUUAAACUAAAUAAUGUACAGUUUAAUUGUUUGGACAAUGAUAUGGACGGCCUUGUGGAUUUGACGAACAACAAUUGUAGUUGUAGAAACUUUCAGCUUGAGCAGCUACCUUGCAAGCAUGUAGUUGCAGUUUGCCGCUUCUUGAAACUAAAUGUAUACUAG